UAAAGAUGUAGCUGGCUCUGGGGUGGGGUGGGUAUGGUAUCAGAGACCUCGUGUCAUCCCCUUGAACCCGCCCCUGCAACACUGGGGUAUGUCUGUGUCUAGCAGGGGGAUGGGGGAGGGAUGUCCCAUGGCGUGACAGCCCGGAGAAUACAGAUCCCUGGAAUGUAUCUGAGUAAACAGGAAGGACAGGGGCCCCCACACCCUUUGGGGUGAGCAGUCUCCCUGGAUCCCCUGCAUUCUAGCAGGUUCUCCCUCCCUCCCCUCACUUUCCAGGAGGAACAGCUCGAACAAACAACAGAGCUGGGGCCAGAGGGCUGUGAGCCCAGAGAGGAGGGGCCACAGUGGAGAGGGGGGCGGUGUUUGCAGGGAAGGGUAGUGUUGAGGAGCAUCUUAGCCCUAACCUGGAGGAGCCUGAGAGUUGAGUCCAGUUGAAAGAACAAGUCAAGAGGGAUCUGGCCCGAAAAGGCUGUGCUUUCUAAUUAGGAGGAAGGGGAGCAGGACAAAGGGUGAGGGGCCAAGUCCCAUCAACCUGGGACUCUGUCAGCAGCUCCUGUCCAGCAGCGCCUCAGGCCCAGCCCUGGAGGAGUGUCCUGGGUCAGCUAGAGGGUGUGGGCUGGGCCUGGGCUCGACGCCUAGGUGACUGGACGGGGCCGCCUGGGCCACAAGCCCAGGCCUGAAGGAGGGGGGAAAAGCCUCACGUGUCCAGCCAGGCUACCCCCUCCCCAUUACUGUGUUUGGGGUGAAAACAGACCAAGUAACUAUGGGAACCUGGAACUGGGACUCCCAGGAACUAGGCCUCUCCUCCCUCCAGAGGGCAGCCCUGGCUCCUCAGCCAGCACUUCCUGUCUCAAGGUCCCUCGAGCCUUAUCCAGCCUUUUCCAGGCAGUGAAUGUAAAAACAAGGAUUGUGGAGGCAGAUCACCUGAGUUGGAUUCCCUGCUUUGACUUUUAUUAGUGGAUGUCCUUGGAACUUGGAGGUUCAUUCAAGGACAGAGGCCCAGAGCUGAAGACACCUGGACUGAGGAUUCAGAGAACAGCCAGAGCACGCGGACAGUUCUUGACAACACCCCAACCUUUCUACCCAUCACCCGGGACACCUCAGUGAAGCCUCCCUCCUCCUCGCUGUCGCUGCCGAGAUCGACGGUCGGUCGGUCGGGUCGUGGCUCAGUGAGCCCCUGCUGCAGGGAACAAGCAAGGGGACAUCCAGGGAGCCCAGGGCUGCCAAGGGGAGCCCACCCUGCCCUGCCCUGAGAACCUCCCCUCCCAAGGUCAGGGACAGAGCAGGUGCAGAGGCACUGCAACCGCUCAUUGCCCAGCCUCCUGAAUGAUGGCAGCCCAGUGUUCCCUAACCUCCAACCUGGCCCUCCUGGUGCUGCUGGGCACAGUCCAAGCAGGCCCUUUCUCUCCACGGUCCAAUGUGACACUCCCAGCCCCACGGCCCCCUCCCCAGCCAGGGGGCCGCACAGAGGAGCCAAGAAGGGGAAGUCCCUCUUCUCAGCUUUAUGAGCACACCGUGCAAGGAGGGGAGAAGCAGGUGGUGUUCACCCACCGCAUUAACCUGCCCCCUUCAGCUGGCUGUGGCUGUCCCCCGGGCACUGAGCCCCCUGUCCCUGCUUCAGAGGUGCAGGCCCUCAGGAUCCGGCUAGAGAUUCUGGAGGAGCUGGUGAAGGGGCUCAAGGAACAGUGCACCAGCGGAUGUUGUCCUGCUGCUGCCCAGGCUGGCACAGGCCAGACGGACGUUCGUAGCCUUUGCAGUCUCCAUGGCGUGUUUGACCUGAGCCGCUGUGCCUGCUCCUGCGAGCCGGGCUGGGGUGGGCCCACCUGCUCGGACCCCACAGACGCCGAGAUGCCCCCUUCCUCCCCACCCUCAGCCACCGGGUCCUGCCCAGAUGACUGCAACGAUCAGGGUCGCUGUGUCCGCGGGCGCUGCGUGUGCUUCUCUGGCUACACUGGCCCCAGCUGUAGCUGGCCCACCUGCCCCGAGGACUGCCACGGCCGCGGGCGCUGCGUGCAGGGCGUGUGCGUGUGUCGGGCGGGCUUCUCGGGCGACGACUGCAGCCUGCGCUCCUGCCCUCGAGGCUGCAGCCAGAGGGGGCGCUGUGAGGACGGGCGCUGCGUGUGCGACCCCGGCUACACUGGCGAGGACUGUGGGAUGAAGAGCUGCCCUCGAAGUUGCAGCCAGAGGGGGCGCUGCGAGAAUGGGCGCUGCGUGUGCAACCCCGGCUACACUGGCGAGGACUGUGGGGUGAGGAGCUGCCCCCGGGGCUGCAGCCAGAAGGGGCGCUGCGAGGACGGGCGCUGCGUCUGUGACCCUGGCUACGCCGGCGAAGACUGCGGCUCGCGGAGCUGCCCGUGGGACUGUGGCGAGGGCGGGCGCUGCGUGGACGGCCGCUGCGUGUGCUGGCCGGGGUACGCGGGCGAGGACUGUAGCACGCGGACGUGCCCGCGCGACUGCCGAGGCCACGGGCGCUGCGAGGAUGGCGAAUGCAUCUGCGACGCAGGCUACAGCGGGGACGAUUGCGGCGUACGUAGCUGCCCUGGCGACUGCCACCAAAGGGGCCGCUGCGAGGACGGCCGCUGCGUGUGCUGGCCCGGGUACACGGGGCCUGACUGUGGCGCACGCGCCUGCCCGCGCGACUGUCGGGGCCGCGGGCGCUGCGAGAACGGCGUGUGCGUGUGCAACGCGGGCUACAGCGGCGAGGACUGCGGCGUGCGCAGCUGUCCCGGGGACUGUCGCGGCCGGGGCCGCUGCGAGAAUGGCCGCUGCGUGUGUUGGCCCGGGUAUACAGGGCGGGACUGCGGCAUGCGCGCCUGCGCCGGCGACUGUCGCGGGCGCGGGCGCUGCGUGGACGGCCGCUGCGUAUGCAACGCGGGCUUCACGGGCGAGGACUGCGGGAGUCGUCGGUGCCCCGGGGACUGCCGCAGUCGCGGUCGCUGCGAAGAUGGCGUGUGCGUGUGCGACGACGGCUACUCGGGCGAGGACUGCGGCGCGCGCAGCUGCCCCGGAGGUUGCCGAGGUCGCGGCCAGUGCUUGGACGGGCGCUGCGUGUGCGACGACGGCUACUCGGGUGAGGACUGCGGCGAGAGGCGGUGCCCGCGCGACUGCAGCCAGCACGGCGUGUGCCGGGACGGUGUGUGCACCUGUUGGGAGGGCUACGCGGGCGAGGACUGCGGCCUCCGUACCUGUCCCUCCAACUGCAACCGGCGCGGCCGCUGUGAGGACGGGCGCUGCGUGUGCGACUCAGGCUACACCGGCCCCUCCUGCUCCACGCGCACCUGCCCGGCCGACUGCCGGGGCCGUGGGCGCUGUGUGCAGGGAGUGUGCGUGUGCCACGCGGGCUACAGCGGCGAGGACUGUGGGCAAGAAGAGCCUCCCGCCAACGCCUGCCCUGGGGGCUGCGGGCCCCGGGAACUGUGCCGCGCGGGCCAGUGUGUAUGCGUCGAGGGUUUCCGAGGUCCCGACUGCGCCAUCCAGACGUGCCCCGGGGAUUGCCGCGGCCGGGGAGAGUGUCGUGAGGGCAGCUGCAUCUGCCAAGAUGGCUAUGCAGGGGAGGACUGCGGGGAAGAGGUGCCAGCCAUUGAGGGCAUGAGGAUGCACCUCCUGGAGGAGACCACGGUUCGGACAGAGUGGACCCGGGCUCCCGGCCCUGUGGAUGCCUAUGAAAUACAGUUCAUCCCUACAACAGAGGGGGUGAGCCCCCCAUUCACGGCACGUGUGCCCAGCUCUGCUUCGGUCUAUGACCAGAGAGGAUUGUCUCCUGGUCAGGAUUACCAGGUCACUGUCCGUGCCCUUCGCGGGACUAGCUGGGGCCCUCCUGCCUCCAAGACCAUCACCACCAUGAUCGAUGGCCCCCAGGACCUCCGCGUGGUGGCUGUGACGCCAACCACACUGGAGCUCAGCUGGCUGCGUCCCCAGGCCGAGGUGGACCGAUUCGUGGUGUCCUAUGUCAGCGCUGGCAACCAGAGGGUGCGGCUGGAAGUGCCCCCUGAGGCAGAUGGGACACUGCUGACUGACCUGAUGCCAGGCGUGGAAUAUGUGGUGACUGUCACUGCAGAGCGGGGCCGGGCAGUAAGCUACCCAGCUUCCGUCAGGGCCAACACAGCGCCAGGCCACUACAGUUACCCGGAGGUGCGCCCCCCAGCCCCACCCCCCAAGUCUCGGCCCAGGCCCGCCUCGGCCUCGCGGCCCGCGCGCCCUGCUCGCCCCCCUCGGCCCUCGCGGCCCACAGAGGAGGGGGAGGAGGAGACUCGGCCCGGGCCUAGCCUGCCCCAGCCCCCACGGCGGGCGUGGGGCAACCUGACGGCCGAGCUGGGCCGCGUCCGCGGCACGGUGCAGGACCUGGAGCGCCACCUGCGGGCCCACGGCUACCCACUGCGGGCAAACCAGACCUACAAGUCGGUGGCGCGCCACAUCCACGAAUACUUGCAACGGCGGCGUCUGGCGGGUGCCGUCCCCGCCGGCUCCCCCGCACCCCCGCCCCGUCGCCCCCAUCCCACCGCCAGCCCCGACUCAGGCACCUGGAAGCGGGACUCCAACCAGGGCAUCUACGGCCUCUCGCCUGAAGGCGUCGACCGAGUGUCUGCGCCUCGCCACCCCAAGCCUGAGGUGCUGGGCAGUUCCGCCGACGGCGCAUUACUCGUGUCCCUCGACGGGCUCCGCGGCCACUUCGAGCGCGUGGUGCUGCGCUGGCGGCCCCAGCCGCCCGCUGAGGGCCCCGGCGGGGAGGUGACUGUGCCGGGCACCACGCGCACCGUCAGCCUACCCGACCUCAGGCCCGGCACCACCUACCACGUGGAGGUCCACGGGGUGCGGGCAGGGCAGACCUCCAAGUCCUACGCCUUCAUCACCACCACAGGGUCCUCCCCUUCUGACCUCUUGGGGGCCACUGAUGAACCUCCUCCCUCAGGCCCUUCAACGACUCAAGGAGCCCAAGCCCCCGUCCUGCAGCAGCGCCCCCAGGAGCUGGCAGAGUUGAGGGUGCUGGGCAGAGACAAGACAGGGCGCCUCCGCGUGGCCUGGACCGCCCAGCCUGACACCUUUGCCCACUUCCAGCUGCGCCUGUGGGGGCCCGAGGGGCCGGAGGCUCAUGAGGAACUACUGCCAGGGGAUGUCCGCCAGGCUCUGGUGCCCUCACCCCCUCCUGGAGCCCCCUAUGAGUUGUCACUUCGUGGGGUCCCCCCCAAGGGCGAGCCCUCUGCCCCUCUCAUCUACCAAGGCGUUAUGGACAAGGAUGGGGAGAAGCCCGGGAAGCCACUGGUCCCACCACGCCUGGGCGAGCUGACAGCAACCGACGUAACCUCCAACUCUCUGCUCCUGCACUGGACGGUCCCUGAGGGCGAGUUCGACUCCUUUGUGAUCCAGUACAAAGACAGGGACGGGCCCCAGGUGGUGCCCGUGGAGGGGCCCCAGCGCUCCGCCCUCAUCACCAACCUGGACCUCGGCCGAAAGUACAAAUUUGUCCUGUAUGGGCUGGUGGGCAAGAAGAGGCAUGGCCCCCUAGUGGCUGAAGCCAAGAUUCUGCCUCAGAGUGAUGGCACCCCAGCAACUCCACCACGCCUGGGAAAGCUGUGGGUGACAGAUCCCAUGCCAGACUCGCUGCACCUCUCCUGGACUGUCCCUGAGGGCCAGUUCGACUCCUUCGUGGUUCAGUACAGGGACAGGGAUGGACGGCCCCAGGUGGUGCCCGUGGAAGGGCACGAGCACUCGGUCCUUGUUUCCCCCCUGGACUCGGACCACAAGUACAGAUUCACUCUGUUUGGGAUUGCCAACAAGAAGCGGCAUGGCCCCCUCAUGGCUGAUGGCACCACUGCCUCAGAGAAGAGAGAGGAACCCCGCCACCCAGAGUCCCCCGAGCAGCCCCUGCUGGGGGAGCUGACGGUGACCGGCGCGACCCCAGACUCCCUACGCCUGUCCUGGACGGUGGCCCAGGGUUCCUUCGACUCCUUCAUGGUCCAGUAUAAGGAUGUGCAGGGGCAGCCCCAGGCAGUGCCCGUCGAGGGGGAUGAGAAUGAGGUCACCAUCCCCGGCCUGGAGCCCGACCGGAAGUAUAAGAUGAACCUCUAUGGGCUUCAUGGCAGGCAGCGUGUGGGGCCUGUGUCUGUGGUGGCCACCACUGCCCCCCAGGAUGUUGCGGAUGAGACCCCCAGCCCCACUGAGGUGGAGACCCCCAGCCCCAAGGAACCCAGCACAGAGGCCCUGGAGCCCCCUGAGGAGCCCCUCUUGGGGGAGCUGACGGUGACAGGAUCCUCCCCAGACUCGCUGAGCCUGUCCUGGACCGUCCCCCAGGGCCACUUUGACUUCUUCACUGUCCAGUACAAAGACAGGGACGGGCGGCCCCAGGCAGUGCGUGUCAGGGGCGAAGAGAGCGAGGUCACUGUUGGGGGCCUGGAGCCGGGGCGCAAGUACAAGAUGAACCUGUAUGGGCUGCAGGAGGGGCGGCGCGUGGGCCCUGUGUCCACAGUGGGCAUUACUGCUGCGCAACCAGAAGAAGAGUCUCCUCCAGCCACAGAGCCCCCGCUGGAGCCACGCCUGGGGGAGCUGACAGUGACGGAUGUGACUCCCAACUCUGUGGGCCUCGCAUGGACAGUCCCUGAGGGCCAGUUCGACUCCUUCAUGGUCCAGUACAAGGACAGGGACAGGCAGCCCCAGGUGGUGCCUGUGGCUGCAGACCAGCGCGAGGCCACAGUGCCUAACCUGGAGCCUGCACACAAAUACAAGAUGAACUUCUACGGGCUACAUGGUGGGCAGCGUGUGGGCCCCCUCUCUGUGGUAGCUGUGACAGCUCCCCUCCCCACAGCCCCAGCCACAGAGUCCCCCCAAGAGCCGCGCCUGGGGGAGCUAACAGUGACGGAUGUGACCCCGGACUCCGUGGGCCUCUCGUGGACAGUCCCCGAGGGCGAAUUCGACUCCUUCGUGGUCCAGUACAAGGACAGGGACGGGCAGCCCAAGGUGGUGCCUGUGGACGCAGACCAGCGCGAGGCCACCGUCCCCGGCCUGGAGCCCAGUAGGAAAUACAAGUUCCUGCUCUUUGGGAUCCAGGACGGGAAACGACGCAGCCCAGUCUCUGUGGAGGCAAAGACGGCUGCCCAAGGUGACGCCAGCCCAGGGGCCCCACCCCGCCUCGGGGAGCUGUGGGUGACAGACCCCACCCCAGACUCAGUGCGCCUCUCCUGGACAGUCCCUGAGGGCCACUUCGACUCCUUUGUGGUCCAGUUCAAGGACAGGGAUGGGCCCCGGGUGGUGCCCGUGGAAGGCCAUGAGCGCGCGAUCACCAUCAGCCCUCUGGACACCGGCCGCAAGUACAGAUUCCUCCUCUACGGCCUCCUGGGCAAGAGACGCCACGGCCCCCUCACUGCAGAUGGCACCACAGAGACCCAGAGUACUAUGGAUGAAGCUGGAACAAAACGUCCCCCAAAACCCCGUCUGGGGGAUGAGCUGCAGGUGACCAGCGUGACACCAGACUCCGUGGACCUCUCCUGGACAGUCCCUGAGGGCCAGUUUGACUCCUUUGUGGUCCAGUACAAGGACAGGGAUGGGCAGCCCCAGGUGGUGCCCGUGGAGGGCAGCCUCAGGGAGGUCAGAGUCUCAGGCCUGGACCCCGCCCGCAAGUACAAGCUGCUGCUCUACGGGCUGCACCAGAGCAGGCGUGUGGGUCCCGUCUCCGCCAUUGCUGUGACUGCCCCCAGGGAAGAAAUUGAAGCUGAGACCAUGGCCCCAAGCCCUCCAGUGUCUGAGCCCCACCUUGGGGAGCUGACCCUGGAGGAGGCCACGCCGCACACCCUGCAUCUCUCCUGGACUGUGAUUCAGGGAGAAUUUGACUCCUUUGAGGUCCAGUACGCAGACCAGGAUGGGCGACUCCAAGUAGUCAGUUUAGAGGGCAACCAGAAUGACAUCACCCUCUCUGGCCUGGAAUCUGACCACAGAUACCUGGUGAACCUGUACGGUAUCCAUGGCCAGCAGCGUGUGGGUCCUGCUCACAUCGAGGCCCUGACAGUCCCAAGGGAAGAGGAGGAUGAACCUUCAGAACCUCCCACUAUGACUCCCGAGCCUCCCAUCAAGCCACGCCUGGGGGAGCUGGCAGUGACAGACGCCACCCCCGACUCCCUGGGCCUCUCCUGGACAGUCCCCGAGGGCCACUUUGACCACUUCCUGAUCCAGUACAAGAACGGAGACGGGCAGCCAAAGGCGGUGCGGGUGCCAGGGCAUGAGGACUGGGUCACCAUCACAGGCCUAGAACCAGACCAGAAGUACAAGAUGAACCUGUAUGGCUUCCACAGCGGCCAGCGUGUGGGCCCUGUCUCUGUCAUCGGGGUGACGGCUGCAGAGGAAGAGACCCCCAGCCCAACGGAACCCAGCACAGAGGCCCCGGAGGCCCCCGCGGAGCCCCUUCUUGGGGAGCUGACGGUGACAGGAUCCUCCCCAGACUCGCUGAGCCUGUCCUGGACCAUCCCCCAGGGCCACUUUGACUUCUUCACUGUCCAGUACAAGGAGAGGGACGGGCGGCCCCGGGUGGUGCGUAUUGGGGGUGAGGAGAAUGAGGUCACCAUUGCGGGCCUGGAGCCGGGGCGCAAGUACAAGAUGAACCUGUACGGCCUGCAUGAGGGGCAGCGCGUGGGCCCUGUAUCCACCGUGGGCGUGACGGCUCCCAAAGAAGAGACCCCUGCCAGCACCCUUUUGAAGCCGCGCCUGGGGGAGCUGACAGUGACAGACGCCACCCCCGACUCCCUGGGCCUCUCCUGGACAGUCCCCGAGGGCCGCUUUGACCACUUCCUGAUCCAGUACAAGAACGGGGACGGGCAGCCCAAGGUGGUGCGGGUGCCAGGGCACGAGGAUGGAGUCACCGUCACAGGCCUGGAGCCAGACCAGAAGUACAAGAUGAACCUGUACGGCUUCCACGGAGGCCAGCGUGUGGGCCCCGUCUCCACCGUUGGUUUAACUGCCCCAGAAACAGACCAGGAAAUGACCCCAGCUCCAACAGACCCACCCAUCACGACCUCUGAGCCUCCCAUCAAGCCCCGCCUUGGGGAGCUGGCAGUGACAGACGCCACCCCCGACUCCCUGGGCCUCUCCUGGACAGUCCCCGAGGGCCACUUUAACCACUUCCUGAUCCAGUACAAGAACGGGGAUGGGCAGCCCAAGGCGGUGCGGGUGCCAGGGCGCGAGGAUGGGGUCACCAUCACAGGCCUGGACCCAGACCAGAAGUACAAGAUGAACCUGUACGGCUUCUACGGCGGCCAGCGCGUGGGCCCCAUCUCUGUCAUCGGGGUGACGCCUGCAGAGGAAGAGACCCCCAACCCAACGGAACCCCGCACAGAGGCGGAGCCCCCCGAGGAGCCCCUUCUUGGGGAGCUGACGGUGACAGGAUCCUCCCCAGACUCGCUGAGCCUGUCCUGGACCAUCCCCCAGGGCCACUUUGACUUCUUCACUGUCCAGUACAAGGACAGGGACGGGCGGCCCCAGGUGGUGCGUGUCAAGGGUGAGGACAGCGAGGUUACCGUUGGGGACCUGGAGCCGGGGCGCAAGUACAAGAUGAACCUGUAUGGCUUCCACGGCGGCCAGCGCGUGGGCCCCGUCUCUGUCAUCGGAGUGACAGCUACAGAGGAAGAAACCCCCAGCCCCACAGAAGUGGAGGAGACCCCUAGCCCCACGGAACCCAGCACAGAGGCCCCGGAACCCCCCGAGGAGCCACUUCUUGGGGAGCUGACGGUGACAGGAUCCUCCCCAGACUCGCUGAGCCUGUCCUGGACCGUCCCCCAGGGCCACUUUGACUUCUUCACUGUCCAGUACAAGGACAGGGACGGGCAGCCCCAGGUGGUGCGUGUUGUGGGUGAGGAGAAUCAGGUCACCAUUGGGGGCCUGGAGCCGGGGCGCAAGUACAAAAUGAACCUGUAUGGACUGCGUGAGGGGCAGCGCGUGGGCCCCAUGUCCACCGUGGGCAUGACCGCCCCCGAGGAGGAGGACACCCCCAGCCCCACAGAAGUGGAGGAGACCCCCAGCCCCACUGAGGUGGAGGAGACCCCCAGCCCCAUGGAACCCAGCACAGAGGCACCGGAGCCCCCCAAGGAACCCCUUUUUGGGGAGCUGACGGUGACAAGAUCCUCCCCAGACUUGCUGAGCCUGUCCUGGACCAUCCCCCAGGGCCACUUCGACUUCUUCACUGUCCAGUACAAGGACAGGGAUGGGCAGCCCCAGGGGGUGCGUGUCAGGGGUGAGGAGAGCGAGGUCACCAUUGGGGGUCUGGAGCCGGGGCGCAAGUACAAGAUGAACCUGUAUGGCUUCCACGGCGGCCAGCACGUGGGCCCCGUCUCUGUCAUCGGGGUGACGGCUGCAGAGGAAGAGACCCCCAGCCCCACAGAAGUGGAGGAGACCCCCAGCCCCACAGAACCCAGCACGGAGGCCCCAGAGCACCCCGAGGAGCCCCUCCUGGGGGAGCUGAUGGUGACAGGAUCCUCCCCAGACUCACUGAGCCUGUCCUGGACCGUCCCCCAGGGCCACUUUGACUUCUUCACUGUCCAGUACAAGGACAGGGACGGCCGGCCCCAGGUGGUGCGUGUCAGGGGUGAGGAGAGCGAGGUCACCAUUGGGGGCCUUGAGCCGAGGCGCAAGUACAAGAUGAACCUGUACGGCCUGCAUGAGGGGCAGCGCGUGGGCCCGGUGUCCACCGUGGGCGUGACGGCUCCAGACUAUGAAGCUAUGACCACCGAAGCCCCACCCACCGUGGCCCCCAAGCCUCCCAUCAAGCGGCGCCUGGGGGAGCUGACAGUGACAGACGCCACCCCCGACUCCCUGGGCCUCUCCUGGACAGUCCCCGAGGGCCGCUUUGACCACUUCCUGAUCCAGUACAAGAACGGGGACGGGCAGCCCAAGGUGGUGCGGGUGCCAGGGCACGAGGAUGGAGUCACCAUCACAGGCCUGGAGCCAGACCAGAAGUACAAGAUGAACCUGUACGGCUUCCACGGAGGCCAGCGUGUGGGCCCCGUCUCCACCGUUGGUUUAACUGCCCCAGAAACAGACCAGGAAAUGACCCCAGCUCCAACAGACCCACCCACCACGACCUCUGAGCCUCCCAUCAAGCCCCGCCUUGGGGAGCUGGCAGUGACAGACGCCACCCCCAACUCCCUGGGCCUCUCCUGGACAGUCCCCGAGGGCCACUUUAACCACUUCCUGAUCCAGUACAAGAACGGGGAUGGGCAGCCCAAGGCGGUGCGGGUGCCAGGGCACGAGGACGGGGUCACCAUCACAGGCCUGGAGCCAGACCAGAAGUACAAGAUGAACCUGUACGGCUUCUACGGCGGCCAGCGCGUGGGCCCCAUCUCUGUUAUCGGGGUGACAGCUGCAGAGGAAGAGACCCCCAGCCCAACGGAACCCAGCACAGAGGCCCCGGAACCCCCCGAGGAGCCCCUUCUUGGGGAGCUGACGGUGACAGGAUCCUCCCCAGACUCGCUGAGCCUGUCCUGGACCGUCCCCCAGGGCCACUUUGACUUCUUCACUGUCCAGUACAAGGACAGGGACGGGCGGCCCCAGGUAGUGCGUGUCAAGGGUGAGGACAGCGAGGUCACCGUUGGGGACCUGGAGCCGGGGCGCAAGUACAAGAUGAACCUGUACGGCCUGCAUCAGGGGCGGCGCGUGGGCCCCGUGUCCACCGUGGGCGUGACGACCUCCCUGCCCACAGAGCCCCCUGUGGCACCGCGCCUGGGGGAGCUGGCUGUGGCAGCCAUGACCUCGGACACGGUGCGCCUCUCUUGGACGGUGGCCCAGGGCCCCUUCGAUUCCUUCCUCGUCCAGUACAGGGAUGUGCACGGGCAGCCCCAGGCAGUGCCCGUGGGCGGAGACCUCCGCGAGGUCACUGUCUCGGGUCUGGAGCCCGCCCGCAAGUACAAGUUCCUACUCUUCGGACUCCAGGACGAGAAACGGCACGGCCCAGUCUCUGCAGAUGCCAAGACCGUCCCAGACAAGAAACCUUCUCCCCGCCUGGGGGAGCUGACAGUGACGGCCACAACCCCUGACUCCAUGGGCCUCUCGUGGACAGUCCCCGAGGGCGAAUUUGACUCCUUCGUGGUCCAGUACAAGGACAGGGACGGGCAGCCCAAGGUCGUGCCUGUGGACGCAGACCAGCGAGAGGUCACCAUCCCCGGCCUGGAGCCCAGUAGGAAAUACAAGUUCCUGCUCUACGGACUGGCAGGCAGGAAGCGCCUGGGCCCUGUCUCUGCUGACGGCACCACGGCUCCCCUGGAGAAGGAGCGGCAGCCCCCACCCCGCCUGGGGGAGCUGACAGUGACGGAUGAGACCUCAGACUCCUUGCACCUCUCAUGGACAGUGGCCCUGGGCCCUUUUGACUCCUUCGUGGUUCAGUACAAGGACACAGACGGGAAGCCCCGGGCAGUGCCUGUGGCUGCAGACCAGCGGGAGGUCACCAUAGAGGGCCUAGAGCCUGACAGGAAAUACAAGUUUCUGCUCUUCGGGCUCCUCGGAGGGCAGCGCCUGGGCCCUGUCUCUGUCCUGGGAGUGACAGCCCCAGAAGAGGACAUGCCAGCCCCUUGGCACCUUGCCACAGAGGCCCCCAAGCCCCCCAAAGGGCCCCACCUAGGGGCACUGGCAGUGACUGACGGAAACCCAGACUCCCUGCGCCUCUCAUGGAGUGUGACCCAGGGCCCCUUUGACUCCUUCGUGGUCCAGUAUCGGGACACAGCCGGGCAGCCCCAGGCCUUGCUCGUGGGUGGCAACCAGAACAAGGUCCUCGUGUCAGGCCUGGAGCCCAGCACCUCCUACAAGUUCUUCCUCUACGGCCUCCAUGAAGGGAAGCGCCUGGGGCCCGUCUCAGCCGAGGGCACCACAGGGUCAGCUCCUGCCGGUCAGACCCCAGGGGAGCCAGGGCCCCGCCUGUCCCAGCUGUCCGUGACUGACGUGACCACCAGUUCGCUGCGGCUCAACUGGGACGCCCCACUUGGGGCCUUCGACUCCUUCCUGCUCCGCUACGGGGUCCCAUCGCCAAGCACUCUGGAGCCACAUCCACGUCCCCUGCUGCAGCGGGAGCUGAUGGUACCGGGGACGCGGCGCUCGGCCGUGCUCCGGGACCUGCAUCCAGGGACCCUGUACAGCCUUACAUUGUAUGGGCUGCGAGGGCCCCACAAGGCCGACAGCAUCCAGGGCACCGCCCGUACCCUCAGCCCAGUUCUGGAGAGCCCCCGUGACCUCCAAUUCAGUGAAAUAAGGGAGACCUCAGCCAAGGUCAGCUGGACGCCCCCACCUUCCAGAGUGGACAGCUUCAAAGUUUCCUACCAGCUGGCAGAUGGAGGGGAGCCACAGAGCGUGCAGGUGGACGGCCAAGCCCGGACCCUGAGACUCAAAGGGCUGAUCCCAGGUGCCAACUACGAGGUGACCGUGGUCUCUGUCCGCGGCUUUGAGGAGAGUGAGCCUCUUACAGGCUUCCUCACCACAGUUCCUGACGGCCCCACCCAGCUGCGCGCACUGAACUUGACGGAGGGAUCAGCCUUGCUGCACUGGAAGCCCCCCCAGGCCCCUGUGGACACAUAUGACGUCCGAGUCACAGCCCCAGGGGCCCCGCCUCUACAGGCCUCAGCCCCAGGCAGCUCUGUGGACUACUCCCUGCACGACCUCGUGCUCCACACCAACUACACAGCGACCGUGCGUGGCCUGCGGGGCCCCAACCUCACCUCCUCAGCCAGCAUCACCUUCACCACAGGGUUGGAGGCCCCUCAGGACUUGGAGGCCCAGGAAGUGACCCCCCGCACAGCCUUGCUCACUUGGACGGAACCCCAAGUCCCGCCAACUGGCUACCUGCUCAGUUUCCACACCCCUGGCGGACAGACCCAGGAGAUCCUGCUCCCAGGAGGGGUCACCUCUCACCAGCUCCUGGGCCUCUUUCCUUCCACCCCCUACAGCGCAUGGCUCCGGGCCAUGUGGGGCGAGAGCCUCACGCCGCCCGUGUCCACCUCUUUCACCACUGGUGGACUACGAAUCCCCUUCCCCCGGGACUGUGGGGAGGAGAUGCAGAACGGGCCCAGCACCUCGAGGACCACCACCAUCUUCCUCAAUGGCAACCGCGAGCGGCCCCUGAACGUGUUUUGUGACAUGGAGACAGAUGAGGGCGGCUGGCUGGUGUUCCAGCGCCGCAUGGAUGGAAAAACGGACUUCUGGAGGGAUUGGGAGGACUAUGCCCACGGUUUUGGGAACAUCUCUGGGGAGUUCUGGCUGGGCAAUGAAGCCCUGCACAGCCUGACGACAGCUGGCGACUACUCCAUGCGUGUGGACCUGAGGGCUGGGGACGAGGCCGUGUUUGCCCAGUACGACUCCUUCCGAGUAGACUCGGCUGCUGACUACUACCGCCUCCACCUGGAAGGCUAUCAUGGCACUGCAGGGGACUCCAUGAGCUACCACAGCGGCAGCGUCUUUUCCGCCCGUGAUCGAGACCCCAACAACUUGCUCAUCUCCUGUGCCGUCUCGUACCGUGGGGCCUGGUGGUACAGGAACUGCCACUAUGCCAACCUCAACGGGCUCUACGGGAGCACGGUGGACCACCAGGGUGUGAGCUGGUACUACUGGAAGGGCUUCGACUUCUCCGUGCCCUUCACGGAAAUGAAACUGAGACCAAGAAGCUACCGGCCCCCCGCCCGGGGAGGCUGAGCCGCGCUCACCUCUCCCGCGCCCCAGUAUGACUGCCGAGCACUGAGGGGUCGCGCUGAGAGAAGAGCCAGGGGCCACCGUCGCCACCCAGCCACCGGAGGAAGCCUUCUCCACCCGCGAUCUCACAGCACCAUGUUUACAGGGGGGAGGGAAGGGGAUUGUAGGGAAGCAAUAAAAGGAGAAAC